AUGGGAAACGAAGCGAGCCUCGAAGGAGGCGAGGGGGGCCUUUCUGGACUACCGGCGGGGCUCGCACCUGACGGCAAGGGAGGCUUCGUGCGGGUCCCCGGCGGGGAGGCGGCGGACCUUAGCCAGCUGAGCGAGGAGGACAGGAAGCAGCUCGUCGCGGCCAUGUCAAGGGCGCGAACAAGACCUCCGGAGGCGGAUGCCCAGCGGCGCUCCCAGCAGGUAGGCUCCGGGGCGUCCAGGGUCCCCACAGGGCUGAGCAAGAGCCGGACGGUCGACGCCUUCGGCCAGGGCCCCGUCGGCAGGGCGCCCCCGGGCCGCAGCCCCUCCUCCCUCAGCCUCCUCGAGUCCCGGUUCCGGCAGGAGGCCAAAGAGCCGGAGACCCCCAAGACCUCCGGCAUGUUCGGCUCGGGCUUCCUGAGCGGGGCCAACCCCCUCAGCGCCAUGACGUCCUCCGUGUCCUCCUCCAUGUCCUCCAUGGGCGACGCCGUCAGCAUCCCCAAGUUCGGCCUGUUCGGGGACGACGAGGAGGGGGCGGAGGCGGCGGCCGCGCCAGGGGCCAAACCGGGGGGGAAACCACCGGGGAAGGGCCCCCAGCAGAGCCCCGGGCCCCGGGGGCCACAGCAGGGAGGAGCUCCCAAACAGGGUCAGGGGCCCCCUGGACAACAGGGGCUGAAGCAAGGGCCCCCAGGACCCCAGCAGGGAGGCCCUCCGAAACAGGGUCAGGGUCCCCCGGGACAGCAGGGGCCAAAGCAGGGGCCCCCAGGACAACAGGGGCCAAAGCAGGGGCCCCCAGGACAACAGGGGCCAAAGCAGGGGCCCCCAGGACAACAGGGGCCAAAGCAAGGCCAAGGGCCCCCGGGACAACAGGGGCCAAAGCAAGGGCCCCCGGGACAACAGGGGCCAAAGCAGGGGCCCCCGGGACAACAGGGGCCAAAGCAGGGGCCCCCGGGACAGGGACCACCCGGUCAGGGCCAAAAACCGGGGGGCCCGGCGCAGCAGAAGUCUGGCCCUCCGUCACAAGGACCCGGGAAGCCCGGGGCCCAGCAGCAAGGGCCGGGCGCGAAGCCAGGGGAGCCGGCCGAGGCUGGGGGCCCCCCGGGGCCGGGAAAGCCUGGCGGGGGCCUCUGUGGUCUCUGUAAGACCACCUUGCUGAACGUGGGCUCUCAGGACCCCCCCAACUACUGCAGCUGCACGGUGUGUAAGAGCCAGGUCUGCAACCUCUGCGGCUUCAGCCCUCCGGACUCUGGGGGGAAGGAGUGGCUGUGUCUCAACUGCCAGAUGCAACGCGCCAUGGACGGCAUGGACCCCCCGGGUAUGACCAAGGGCUCGGCCCCCCCCUCACCCCAACGCCAGUCGCCUGGCAAGCCGGGCAAGCUGCUGAUCCGACAGCAGAGCACCGUGGACCCGGGGCAGAAGUCCCCGGGACCCCGCUCCCCGGGGCCCCGGUCGCCGGCGUCCUCCGCCGCCGGGUCGCCCAAGAUCGACCCCAAGACGGGGCGGGCCCUCCAGCCCCGGGGCAGCCCCCAGCCGUCCCCCGCCAAGCCCAAGCAGGAGUCCAGCUUCUUCGGGGGCUUCAGCCUGGGGGGCCUGACCGACUCGGUCAAGCCCCCGGCGGUGCCGGAGUCCGUGACGGGGAAGCUGUUCGGCGGCUUGGGGGGGCUCGUGGAGUCGGCCAAGCCCCAAGCCCCCGCCAAGCAGGAGGCGGCCAAGCCCCCGACCACCUCGCGCUCCCAGAUGUUCGGCUUCGGCUCGUCCAUCCUGAGCUCCGCCUCCAACCUGGUCGGCGGCGGCGGCGAGGGCGGCAAGGCGGCGGGGUCGCCCCCGGAGUCCCCCGUGGACUCGGACCUGGGGUCGCCCCCGGAGUCGCCCUUCUCCGCCGCCGGCUCCCCGCCCGAUUCGGACUCCGCUCCGGACACGCCCCCCGCCACCUCCGAGGGAGCCCACUCCCCCUUCACAGAGGUCGGGGGGGAGGACGACCCCGCGGAGCCGGAGGCUCCGGAGGCCACAGCAGCUCCACCCACCCCUCCACCGGCUGCUCCACCCGCCGCUCCACCCGCCGCCAGGGAACACUGCCCCCUGUGCAAGGCGGAGAUGAAUGUAGGAUCCAGCGAGCCGCCCGACUACAGUCGCUGCUCCGAGUGCAGGAAGACGGUGUGUAACCUGUGUGGCUUCAACAGCCCUUCGCAGCAGGGAGAGAGAGAAUGGCUUUGCCUGAACUGCCAGACCCAGAGGGCGAUGUCGGGCCGACUCGGAGACCUGCCUCCCGCCGCCGUGGCUUCCCCCGUGCCACAACCACCUGCUCCUACCCCCGUCCCUCCCUCCACCCCUCCUCCUGCUGCCGUAGCUACAAAACCCUCGGUAGAAACCCCCCAACCCACGCCACCGCCUCCGGAGACCAAGGAUAAAGACCAGAAGAAACCUGAGGUUGUAGAAAUCGCCCAGGAGAUCCCUCCCACCAGUCCGUCCGACUUCGCCCGGCUGGAGAGCACUGUGCUGCCCCUCCUGGAGGCCCAGCAGGCCGGCCCACAGACCCCCGCCGGCGAGGGGAACACCGACUCCCUGAAGACCCGACGUAAACUGGAGGUGCUCCCUCUCUCGCCCGACACACCCAGCUCCGAGGACGACAGAGAGCUCUCUGAGAAGAGGGUUGCCACCGGGACGAGCACUCAGAAGAAGCUCCUGGUGCCCGACAACGUGCGAGCGGACUCCCUGGAGGACAGCAGCGAGAGCUUCGGCAAGGAGAGCCCCGUGUCCGGGGACGACGAGGACUUCAUACGGAAGCAGAUCAUGGAGAUGAGCGAGAACGAGGACGCGUCCCCGUCCGACGAGGAGAACCCGAUUCGCCGAAAGAUAAGAGACGACGAGAAGAAACGGUCUGAACAACAAAGGAACGCAUCUGCAAAGAACAGACGCCUCCUCAAAAAGAGCUCCGUAAGCCCUGAUGAUGAGGAGGAAAAACCUCUCUCCGGCUCAUUGGACAAGGCUGACGAUGCAGCGAAAGACGAUGUGACCGGACCCAAGCAAGGGGAGCCGGAGACCGGUGUAGCUGUCCGUAAAUUUAGAACUAUCGAGCUUAACGCAACCAGCGCCCCUAUUAUGAUAACUCCUGAUGAUGGGGAGCUGGAAAUGGGAAGCCUGACAGAUUCGCCAGACGACCGGUCCAGAGGAGACGGAUCGUCCAGCCUACACGCAUCGAGCUUCACCCCGGGGACGUCCCCAACAUCCGUGUCCUCUCUUGACGAGGACAGCGACAGCAGCAGUCCCAGCAACGUGCGCUCGGGAGAGGGGAAACAACACAGGAAAGCCAAACACAGACAGCCGGGACAGACGCUCCCGACCAUCGAGGACUCCUCCGAGGAGGAAGAACUGCGUGAAGAGGAGGAUCUCCUGAGGGAGCAGGAGAAACAGAAGGGCUCGGGAAAGAAAUCCAAGAAAGACAAAGAUGACCUUCGAUCCCAGAGGAGGAGAGAGCGUCCCAAGACGCCCCCGAGCAAUCUGUCCCCGAUCGAAGACGCCUCUCCAACGGAAGAAUUGAGACAAGAGGCAGAGAUGGAGGAGAUCCGGCGCUCCUCCUGUUCUGAUUUCUCCCCGAGCAUCGAAUCCGAUUCAGAAGGGUUUGAGAUCCAUGCGUCAAAGAUCGCUGCGGUACAGAAAACGUAUCAGCUCCCAACGUCCGUGUCCCUUCACUCUCCGACUGAUGAGCAAAACGCUGACAAAACGGAUACAAAGAUUCUUAAAACUGCCGACGAGGCGUAUGAAGAGAUAAUGCUGCGAGCCAAAUCUCCAACGGUGGAGAUUCAACCCGCCAAAGAGUCCCUGUACGGAGGCAUGUUGAUCGAGGACUACGCCUAUGAGACUCUCAUUGACAACGCAAACGCUGAGCAGGUGGUGCAGGCUAAUAUGGAAGUUCCGGCAGAGUCCAAAAAGCUGAGAUCGCCGGACGAAGUGUACGAAGACAUGAUAAAGAAAAGAAAGGAGUUCAUGAAGCUGGAGCAGGAAUAUCAAAAGAUGCAGCCGGUGACAACGAUGACCAAGCCCGAGAUUGUGUUGCAGCCUGCCGAGAGUGUCGUCUCUAAUAGCACUGCAGUCACACCGGGGAAGGAUGGGAAAACAUUACUGGAUGCUGAGGCGGCCUACGAAGAGCUCAUGAAGAAGGUCUUGACACCUGGGACCAGUCCGACCCAGCAGGACCCAGAGGCCGUACCGCGCAGGGCACUCCACCCCAUCCCAGACCUCAAGGUGACACAAUGCUCUUCUGGAGAAUUGUCCUCAGAUGAGGAGUUCAUCAAAAAGGAAGAGGAGAAGAGCGCCACACCACCAGUCACUUCCUGUGCAGAGUCCGACUCUGUUAUUAUUGAAGUUCCACCUUUGUCCGCAUCAGAACAGACGCCACAAACGAAUGCUGUUUCAUCCCAAUCAGAUAUUGUAGAUCUGUCCUGCGCCACGCCCACACCAGCACCCCCUGUGCUGGUCAGUGCGUCUCCCUUGUCCACUGUUCCCCAGUACACAGCCACUGUUCCCAGCAUAGUGUCAACUGCCCCACCGGUACCCCCCAAGCCACACAUCCUUCGCCGGGGUAAUUCUCAGGAAAAAACAGAUUCAUCAUCCACGUCUCCUCUGCCACCCCCCACUCAGCCAAAACCCACAGUAUUCCCCAGGAAACCUCCAGUUCCACUUCCACCUCAAGCCCCGGUCUGUCCCAUCAGGCCAGAACCCUUGGCCACCACUACAGACCAAGCUGCACGAUACCCAGUGGCACCAACGUAUAAGCCUCAUGUUCCUCCUCCAGUUCCCCCAAAACCAUCCAUGCCUACCGGGGGUGGGCCUAGUCACAGACCAGGGGAUGGUGCCAAACCACCGAUUGCACCAAAGCCUAACUCUCAGCCUCCAUCCCCUGCCCAUGUCCACUAUCCACCUAGACCCACUGCAUUUUCCUCAGACCCUGUAGAUGUAGCCCUAAAUCUGAGUCCCUCGACUGAAAACAAGUUCUUUCACUCCUCACCUUCUUCACCAAGGUACGCGAGCAAUCUUCGUGACACAUAUGUGGUCAUUACACUCCCCUCUCAACCCAAUUCCCCGGUCGAAGGGAUCUCAACCCAAGCCCCAUCUAGUCCUGGUCCAGUCUCCCCUUUAAGACAUGGUCAACAGUCAUAUCCUCAACCAUAUCCACCCCAAACACAAACCACUAGGGUGCCCCUGGCAUACACAAGGGUCACAGAGUCCAUAGAAAGCCAGGAGAUCUGUGGCCUGGACAAGCAUGUCUCUAGUUCUUGUCAUAUUAUCGAGGCUAUAUCUGCCUCAGCACAACCUCCAGCGGCUCUGCCUAACGUUGUAUCUCAGGUGGUCAAAACAGAAGUCCAAAGAACUACCGUAUCUGUUGUCCAUGAAAGAACACCUCCCCCAAUGCCAUCUCCGAGGGCCAACGGUGUUCCGAUCUCAAUGGAGAAGCCAAAAACCCAACCGCCUGGACAGAACGGACAGGCCUACCAGCAUUGUGAGGUGGUCGAUCUUAGAACUAUGAAAGAAGAACCAGGAAGUGACAUGAAAGGUGUGGACCUGUCUUCUGGCACGGAUUGCAGGCGGCAGUCCUUUACAUCCAGCGACGUCGGUAGUCGUCAGACAAGUGCAGUGCAGCCCUCGGUGGUCAACCUCAGUGCCGAAUCGUCCACUGUCUCUAUUGUCACUGACAGCAUCACCAUCGUGACCUGUGCGGCGACAAUCCAGCGCUACGACAGUUUGGACACCUAUGCUACUACAGCGCCUCUCCAGCUGACAAAAAACAAAGCAUUCGAGCCCAUGUCUCAGAUCGUGUUUCGUCCUAUCAGUGCUCAGCCUACGACCGCAUCCAAUGUGGAGAUCCCAAUCAACCUUUCAGUGGGAUCAGGCACCAGUGCAACGUUCCAGGCCCCACCAGUCACCAUGGCCCCCAUGCCAGCUCAGAGCUGUGUAUCUGCGAAUGGUUUGAUCACGGGCACAGCGACGUUCGCAGGGGCUGUGGACCUUAGCACCACCAAACCAUUCAACACUUUGGUAUCGGUAGACACAACUUCAUCAGAGAUUGUCACCGCAGUCAUGGCAGAGGACGACGGCAAACCCGUGGAUCUAACGGCAGGGAGAAGGUCUGCAUGCUGCGAUGUUGUCUACAAACUGCCAUUCGCAGGGAGCUGCACAGCUCAGCAGCCCACCACACCCUUACCCGAAGACCGCUUCGGAUAUCGAGACGACCACUAUCAGUACGACCGCUCACCCUAUGGCAUGAGAGGGUUUGGGGGAAUCAAACCGUCGAUGUCGGACACUAACCUGGCAGAAGCUGGGCUUUUCCUUUACAAGAGCAAGAACAGUUAUAAUUUCAACGUCACCACAGAAGGCGCGGUAGAUCUUACCUCAGCAAAGGGUUCCGACACAGGUGAAGCAGUGGACUACUCCAGGAAAGGGGCCUAUGCAGGCAUGACAAUCCCACCCUACUCCCAGGCCCUGGUCACCGGUGCCGCUGGCACCAUCUUUGGAACCAACACUGUUCUGAGGUCAUCCAAUGGGGUGGUCUAUUCUUCAGUCUCGGCACCGAUCCCCUCUACAUACGCCAUCACCACCCAACCCGGCUCAAUCUUCAGCACUACAUACAACAACACCAUGCACACCAGUGACACCAUGCCGUCCCUCUCCAACCUCGAAACUCUGCCACUCAAACGGUCCCAGAGCUUCAUCUCCAGCCUGUCGGCCGGCGAUAUGGAGGAUGUGCCCCUCAACCUGGAGCUCUCAAAGGACGGCAGCCUCAGUGCUGCUGAUGUGGUCUCCAGGGCGUUGACGUCCCUGUCCCUGGACAGCUACACCGACGCGUCCCUGGAAGCCAUCGCUGCCUCCCUGGAGGCCCUGUCCUCCCCCAUGGUGCCCGGCGACGGCCAGUACCAGGCGGAGCGCGAGCGCCUGGAGAUGGAGAAGCUCAAGCAGCAGCGCCUGGCGGAGGACCUGGAGUGGGAGCGACAGGAGAUCCAGCGGUUCCGCGAGCAGGAGCAGAUGCUGGUUCAGAAGGAGCUGGAGGAGCUGCAGUCCAUGAAGCAGCACAUCCUGGCCCAGCAAGAGGAGGAGAGGCAGGCGCACCUCAUGCUGCAGAAGGAGACCUACGCCCAGCAGCAGCAACAGUUGGAGCAGAUCCAGAGGCUCCAAGGGCAGCUCCGCAUGCAGCUGGAGGAACAAAAGAUCCGGCAGAUGUACCCUGGGGGAGAGGUCCCGGGACAUGGUCCACAGGAGGCCAUCGUGAUCGGGCCCGAUGGCACCAUACUGGCCCGCAAGAUCACAGAUAGUGGAUGCCAGACGGAUGAAGAGGACGAUGCAGUGAGCAAAGCGUACACAGCUGGCAGGAAGAAGAAGAGCGUCAAAAAGGGCGUGGAUAGUUGCGUGCAGACGGACGAUGAAGAUCAAGACGAAUGGGAGGAGCAGAACAGGGCCAGACGAAGCAGACCUCGCACCUCACGGGGAGAUAGGGGCGGGCAGUCGGAGAUGACUCUGCAGGCCCACACAGAGAUCAGUAUACAGACCGACGCGGAGGGGAACAUACGAAUGGACACCAGGAUGGAGCUCUCAGACUCCGAGAGGACCUCCCCGAAGAGGCGCCCCACUCCCUUAGAGAUCGGCCAGUCGGCCAACCUCAAAGCCGACCCUUCUGCUCUUCAGGCCCCCAAAUCCCCCAAAGUCCUCUACUCCCCGAUAUCUCCCUGUGUAUCCCCCAGCAAAUCCCUGGAGUUUGUGUCCUAUGAAAACACACUGGGCGAUACAAGCCCUCAGAAGCUGCGAGGGGAUCCAUCUUAUGUCUCCCCAGCAGCAAGCCCAAGGGGACCCAAGGCCAUGCAGAGGUCUCUGUCUGACCCCAAGCCCAUGAGCCCGACGGGGGAGGAAAGAGUCUCGUCUGGCACACAGCAUGGGGACGGCUUCACAGGUAAGGGCUCGGGGGUCACGCCCACCGGCACUCAGAAGAAGGUGAAGCGCACGCUACCGAACCCGCCCUCAGAGGACGAGUCCGCCGCCAGCGGCCAGACGGCGUACACCACCGGCUCCGCCCGCCGCCGGAUGUGCCGCAACUCCAACCUGGCCCGCGCCAAAAUCCUGCAGGACAUCGACCGGGAGCUGGACCUGGUGGAGCGGGAGUCGUCCAAGCUGCGCAAGAAGCAGGCGGAGCUGGACGAGGAGGAGAAGGAGAUCGACGCCAAGCUCCGGUACCUGGAGAUGGGGAUCAACCGCAGGAAGGACGUCCUGCUGAUCGAGCGGGAGAAGCGGGAGCGCGCCUACCUGCAGAGCGUGGCCGAGGACCGGGACUACAUGUCGGACAGCGAGGUCAGCAACAUCCGCGACACGCGAGGCGGCUGUGGGGACGGCGAGGACGAGGACCUCGUGGUCCACGGCCUGGAGCGUCCGCGGACGGCGCCGCAGUCGGAGCUGGAGGAGUUUGUUCCUCCGCAGACCAAACACGAAUACUCAAAAUACUCCCAGUACCAAUACCCUCAGACCCAUUACCAGUCCCUCUACCAGGCCCCCCAGGCCUACCAGUCCCAGUCCAUCUACUCCUCCGUGCCCUCCCUCACCAGCGCCCAGCAGCAGAGCUACCACCAGAUGCUCCUCAUCCAGCAGAAGGCGGCAAGGCAAGCGGCCCUCCUCUCGGAGCUGGACGCGACCAAAUACAGCGUGGUCAGCCGCCAGCCUGACCCCACCUCCUCCGCCUUCCUCGGAGUAAAGUACGACAAGUACGGGAACCACCUGGACCUCCGGGCCCUCGAGAGCGGCAGCAUGGCCGGGAGCCCCAUGUCAGCCAUCUCCGACUCCUAUUACACCGACGUGGACCACCACACGCCCCGCAGCUACAUGCUGCUGGAGGACGCCGCCGAACUGGCCAAGGGCACCGCAGGCCUGUCGUCCUCCUACAGCCUGGCCGAACGGGAGCUGGCCAAGGCGGAGAAGCUCCUGCGGAGGAGCGCCGCGGACCUGUGCUCGGCCGACUACCUGGGGUCCACCUCGAGGCUCCACACCUACGGGAAGACCCCCGACGAGGACGACCCCAUGGAGGAGCCCUACGAGCUGAAGCUCCUCAAGCAGCAGCUGAAGCAGGAGUUCCGUCGGAGCGCGGGCGGGACAGAGAGCCUGGAACAGCUGACGGGGCUCUCCCAUCACUACUACUCGCCGAACUCCAGCCUCUCCGGCUACUCCCAGAGACAGUACCCGAAGACGGACAAGUACAGCAUCAGCCGGCUCACUCUGGAGAAGCAGGCAGCGAAGCAGCUCCCGGCGUCCAUGCUGUACCAGAAACAGAAGCCGACGCUGGUGGAACCCAAGAGCUCCGCCAAGUAUUCCUCCAUCACCGACGGCCGAGGUCUGGACACGGACUACAAUUACCUCGGGUCGACCAGCGCGUCGGCGAGGUCCAGCCGGCUGCUGCAGGACGAGAUCACGUUCGGCCUGCGUAAGAACAUCGCCGAGCAGCAGAAGUACCUCGGCUCCACGCUGGGCGCCAACCUGGCCGGUUCCCUCAACAUGGGCCAGAGCCUGGGCCUGGACUCCGCCUACCCCAGCGGCAGCCGCUCUAGACCGGCUUCCAGGCCGACGUCGUGCUACGGCCUGGAUCUGUCCCUCAAGAGGGACCCGUCCAACUCGUCCCUGAGGCUGAAGGGUGACGGGGAGGCCUCCGGGGACAUGUCCCUCUACCAGACGCCCUCCGGUCGCACCAAGCCCACCAGCCUUCCCAUCGUGCAGAGCGGGAGAGGCCGGAUUCCGAUCGUGGCGCAGAACUCCGAGGAGGAGAGUCCGCUGAGUCCCGUGGGCGAGCCGAUGGGCAUGGCGAGGGCGUCGGCCGGACCGCUGCCGCCCAUCGCGGCCGACUCCAGGGACCAGUUCGGCUCCUGCCUGUCCCUGCAGGAAUCCGGGCAGCAGCACAUCAGAGAGGAGCCGACCAGGGGGAGGAACUACGCCCUGCUGGACGACCAGAGCAACAUGUCGGACAACGAAGCUCUGAGUGCCUCGAUGAUGGCUUUAAACAGAGACGAUUCAGCCAACGCCUACCACCUGAGACGGGAGGGGGCUGACUGGUACGACAAACCCAGAGACGGCUGCUUAGAGAACAGCCAAGAGAGGAGACAGGGUAAAGGGCCGUACUACCCCUUCCCCCACCUCCACGUCAAACUGCAACGGGACCCCAAGGACCGCAUGACGUCAGCAGGUAACGGACUGGGGCUCCGCCUGGUGGGGGGGAAGGAGGUCCCGGGGGGCCACGGAGACAUCGGGGCGUACGUGGCCAAGGUCCUGCCCGGCGGCCCGGCCGAGCAGACCGGGAAGAUUCUAGAAGGAAUGCAGGUCCUGGAGUGGAACGGCGUUCCUCUGACGGGGAAGACCUACGAGGAGGUCCAGGGCCUGGUGGGGCCGCAGUGCAGCGACGCAGAGCUGUGUGUCCGUCUCGAUCUGAACAUGCUUGCGGACACAGACAGCUCUCAGCACCUGGACAUUCAGGAGCACCCCAAAGGUGAGAGGACCUGGCCUGGCUCUCAAUAUAUACUCAAUGUCUCUCUCUCUCUCUCUCUCUCUCUCUCUCUCUCUCUCUCUCUCUCUCUCUCUCUCUCUCUCUCUCUCUCUCUCUCUCACUCUCUCUCCUAUGAUCUGUUAACCUUAACAUGUUAA